AUGGCGGACCUUCCUGCUGCACGCGUGCAACAAUUUCGUCCAUUCGCCCGAGUCGGCGUGGACUAUGCUGGUCCCCUUCAAAUGCGAGAAUUGAAACUUCGGAAAUCCCGUAUUUAUAAGGUGUAUAUUGCCGUGUUUGUCUGCUUCUCUGUAAAAGCGGUUCACCUUGAAUUGGUGUCGGACCUGUCAACUGAUGCAUUCUUAGCAGCAUUUGACCGUUUUGUCGGUCGUCGUGGACUCCCCUGUGAAAUCUUUUCUGAUUGCGGAACUAACUUCAUUGGUGCCGACAAGCAAUUGCAAGCGCUUAUUACCAGCCCUCAAGGUCAGCUCGCUAUUACUACCAAUUCUCGUCCAAAUUGCAAAUGGCAUUUCAAUCCGCCCAGUGCUCCGCACUUCGGUGGGUUAUGGGAGGCGGCUGUCCGGUCGACAAAGCGACUGUUGGUUCGUACAAUGAGCUCCCAUGUCUUCACCUACGAAGAAUUCACCACGGUCUUGAUCCGCAUCGAAGCCGUCCUCAAUUCUCGACCAUUGACGCCGGCAUCAACAGACCCUCAUGACUUGGAGUGUCUCACGCCUGGUCACUUCCUCAUUGGGCAACCGUUGCUAGCCGUUCCACCUCGAUCCAAUCCAGACACUACCCGAAACUUGACCAACCGAUGGAAGUUGCUAGAUCAAUGCCACCAAGCUUUUUGGAAGCGUUGGUCAACAGAGUAUUUGACAACUCUUCAAGAACGUGUCAAAUGGACAGAUAGAGUCCCUAACCUAAAAGUCAACGACAUGGUUGUCGUGGUUGACAACCAAGCACCACCAUUAUCAUGGCGUCUUGGGCGCAUCAUGGAACUCGUGCCAGGACCCGAUGGAACAGUGCGCGUAGCGUCGGUGUUAACGCCUCAAGGACGUAUCACACGACCGGUAGUUAAGUUGGUUGUGUUACCGACUGACUAA